AUGCAGAAUAUCGACCCACUGGAGUUCGCCAACAUUCUGGCCACAGAACUGUGGUGCCAGCAGUUGGCAAACCUCGAAGGCCUCCAGUCGGGGGUCCCAACACGCACGACGGCGACCAUCACUCCCACUCAGUUGCGAAACUUCGAGCAGACUUAUAUCGAGUUGAACAACUGCCACAACGACCAGGCAAGCCACGCUGGAUUCGUUCCACCGUCAGUCACGCAGCCCAAUUACGGCAUCCUGAACACGGUGGGCUACUGCGAUUCGGGCCCGACGCCUCUUCAUGUGUCGCCGGGCCCACUAUCAGCCAGCGGCGACAGCAGCAGUAGUCCGGGCUUACCAACGCCCAAACGUCGCAAUAUGGGAGGCCGGCGGCCAACCAAAGCCCCGCAUGACAUCUCACCAGAGGAGGAAGAGCGCAGAAAAGUUCGUCGUGAACGCAAUAAAAUGGCAGCCGCUCGCUGCCGAAAACGAAGACUUGAUCACACAAACGAGCUCCAAGAGGAGACUGACAAGCUGGAAGAGAAAAAACAGGCGCUGCACGAUGAGAUCAGAAAACUCAACUCCAGCAGAGACCAGUUGCAAGCCAUACUGAACAACCACAUGCCCCUGUGUCGGCUAAAUAAGAGGUCGUCUAGUCCACCUGAUGUCAAACCCUUCCAAGAUCCGUAUAUGCUGCCGGAUAUACCAGAAGAUGGUGUCAGAGUCAAGGUGGAAGUCAUGGACCCGGCGAUCGAUCCCGUCCCCAUACUUGCUUUAGAUAAUGACAUGUUUACGCCGACACCGAACAAAAGGAUAAUGUUGUCGGCGGCAAACCUAGCUGUGGUGACGAAUGCUACGUCUGUGACGUCACUCGACACCCCGCCCAUCAUGAACAGACCCAACAGACCUAACUUCCUCCAAGUGCCUCUUAGUGUUACACCUGCACAGAUACACAACAAUAAAGCGUUAGGCAACAACAAAAUCCCCGGCAUCGAAAUCAGUACACCCAGUAAUGGGAUUCCCUUCAACUUCGAAAGCCUCAUGGAAGGUGGAACCGGUCUCACACCGGUACAUCCUCAGCCCCAUCCUUGUUCCCAGCAACAAAGAUCAGCCCCGGAUCUGGCUUCACCUGAUGGCCAUAAUAGCCUCGUCAGUCUCUGA